AAGCUGCGGUGGUAUUCGCUCCACAGCGGUUGACCGGACGUGAACUCCGCGUGAGCUACCCUUCAGUCCACUUCUCUCUAGCUGUGUGUGGGGGAACAAGGAAGUGGACACCACGGCGGACACACUUUACGACCUUUUUGUACCCGGGAAUGCUUCAAUGUGAAGUUUACCUCACCUCCAGACUUGGACAUGUUAGCCUUCAGAGCAAGAACUUUGCUGUCCUGACACAGGCUGUGUCGUUUUAAAGCCAGUAUCAUUAGUUCUACCGCUCUGGAUAUUGGUCACAUGGUUGAAACUCAGACCACUAAGUUCUUCCAAAAAGCAGGACACGUCUCUUUGGUACCCAAGCACUGGGGAACUUCUCGUAAUCCGCCACUUAAUCCCAACAUGGCCAUGUUACACAUGUGAUGUCCCAGCCCUGUGACGGCCUUGGACCAGGAGCCGGAGAAGGUCAGAGGCGGAGCAGCACAGACUCUGCCUCGGUGGAAGAUGACCAGUCAGACGUGCGCCACAUGGAGUCGGACAUGAAGAUUGAUAUGUUCCGAGAAGAAGACAUGGAGGAUGAGGACGACGACUCACCGUCUGAGCGACAGAUAGUAGUCGGCAUCUGCUGCAUGAUGAAGAAGUCCAAGUCCAAGCCCAUGACGCAGAUCCUGGAGCGCCUCUGCAAGUUUGACUACAUCGAAGUGGUCAUUUUCCCCGAGGACGUCAUCCUGGAGGAGCCUGUGGACAAAUGGCCGCUGUGUGACUGCCUCAUCUCCUUCCACUCCAAAGAAUCAUGGAAAAAUGCAUUCCGAACAGGUUUUCCUCUGGACAAAGCUGUGGAAUAUGCCAAGCUCAGGAAUCCACUGCUCCUCAACGACCUCAACAUGCAGUAUUUCAUACAGGACAGGAGGGAAGUGUACCGCAUCCUCCAAGAAGAGGGCAUCGACCUACCUCGCUAUGGUGUGCUGAACCGAGACCCUGACAAUCCCGAGGAGUGUAGUCUGGUGGAAGGGGAGGACCACGUGGAGGUGAACGGUGAGGUGUUCCCCAAACCCUUUGUGGAGAAGCCUGUGUGUGCCGAGGACCACAAUGUCUACAUCUACUAUCCGACGUCUGCAGGCGGCGGCAGCCAGAGGCUCUUUAGAAAGAUCGGGAGUCGAAGCAGCGUGUACUCUCCGGAGAGCAGCGUCCGGAAAACAGGGUCUUACAUCUAUGAGGAAUUUAUGCCCACAGAUGGCACCGAUGUGAAGGUGUACACAGUGGGUCCAGACUAUGCUCAUGCCGAAGCCCGGAAGUCACCUGCCCUGGAUGGGAAGGUGGAGCGAGACAGCGAAGGGAAGGAAAUCCGAUACCCAGUCAUGCUGACUGCAAUGGAGAAGCUAGUGGCACGCAAGGUCUGCGUGGCCUUCAAGCAAACAGUGUGCGGCUUUGACCUGCUCCGAGCUAAUGGCCACUCAUUUGUCUGUGACGUCAAUGGCUUCAGCUUUGUCAAGAACUCCAUGAAGUACUACGAUGACUGUGCCAAGGUGCUGGGGAACAUGGUGAUGAGAGAGUUGGCCCCCCAGUUCCACAUCCCCUGGUCCAUCCCAAUGGAGGCUGAGGACAUUCCCAUCGUGCCGACAACCUCAGGAACUAUGAUGGAGCUGCGCUGCGUUAUUGCCAUCAUUCGCCAUGGAGACCGCACACCAAAGCAAAAAAUGAAAAUGGAGGUCCGACAUCCUCUAUUCUUUGAGCUGUUUGAGAAGUGCGGCGGUUACAAGUCGGGGAAGCUCAAGCUGAAAAAACCAAAACAGCUGCAGGAGGUGCUGGACAUCGCUCGCUUGCUGCUGCUCGAACUCGUCCAACACAACGACUGCGAGAUUGAGGAGAAGAAGUCCAAAUUGGAGCAACUCAAGACCGUUCUGGAGAUGUACGGUCACUUCUCAGGUAUCAACAGGAAAGUCCAGUUGACGUACUUGCGUAACGGACAGCCUAAAGCCUCCAGCGAAGAGGAAGACUCCAAGAGGGAGGGUCCAUCCCUGCUGCUCGUCCUCAAGUGGGGCGGGGAGCUAACGCCUGCUGGCCGGGUUCAGGCUGAGGAGCUGGGUCGGGCCUUUCGCUGCAUGUACCCUGGAGGUCAAGGUGACUAUGCUGGUUUUCCCGGCUGCGGCCUCCUCCGCCUGCACAGCACUUACCGCCACGAUCUGAAGAUCUACGCUUCUGAUGAAGGCCGGGUGCAGAUGACGGCGGCGGCUUUCGCUAAGGGCCUCCUCGCUCUGGAGGGCGAGUUGACUCCCAUUCUGGUGCAGAUGGUCAAGAGCGCCAACAUGAACGGUCUGCUGGACAGCGAUAGUGACUCACUGACUGACUGCCAGCAGAAGGUGAAGGCCCGACUGCAUGAGAUCAUGCAGAAGGACCAGGAGUUCUCACAGGACGACUAUCACAAGCUUGCCCCAACUGGAAGCCCAUCAUUGGUCAACUCCAUGAAAGUCAUACAGAACCCAGUCGUCACCUGUGACAAGGUGUACGCCCUCAUCCAGAGCCUCAACUCACAAAUUCGGAAACGACUGGAGGACCCCAAGUCUUCAGAUCUGCAGCUGUACCACAGUGAGACCCUGGAGCUGAUGCUGCAGCGUUGGUCCAAACUGGAAAGGGACUUUCGAAUGAAGAGCGGGCGCUACGACAUCAGCAAGAUCCCGGACAUCUACGACUGCAUCAAGUAUGACACGCAGCACAAUGGCUUGCUGGGACUGGAGGACACGCUGGAGCUCUUUCGCCUCUCCCGCGCUCUGGCUGACAUUGUCAUACCGCAGGAAUACGGCAUCAGCAAAGUGGAGAAGCUGGACAUUGCUCAGGCGUACUGCGUCCCCCUCAUGAAGAAGAUCCAGUUGGACCUGCAGAGGACGCAUGAGGAUGAGGCCGUCAACAAGCUCCACCCCUUGUAUUCUCGAGGGGUGAUGUCCCCGGGUCGCCAUGUCCGAACUCGCCUCUACUUCACCAGCGAAAGUCAUGUCCACUCGCUGCUCAGCAUCUUCCGCUAUGGAGGCCUGCUGGAUGAAGACAAAGACCAGCAGUGGAACCAGGCCAUGGACUACCUGAGUGCCGUGACUGAGCUGAACUACAUGACCCAGAUAGUCAUCAUGCUGUAUGAAGACAACAACAAGGACCCAUCCUCCGAGGAACGUUUCCACGUGGAACUGCACUUCAGUCCGGGGGUCAAAGGUUGCGAGGAUGAGGAAAACAUUCCUCUUGGAUUUGGUUUCCGUCCGGCCUCUUCAGAGAAUCAGGACAAAAAGCCCAACCAGGGCAGCCUGGAGGAUCUCUCCCAGGACCAACCCGACCAGGCGCUUCCUGUAUCUGAUCCCAUCAACAUCCAGCGAAGGUCCCCCAUGAUUCGCAACCGCAAGACGGGCUCCAUGGAGGUCCUCUCUGAGACCUCCCCCACCCAGUUGUCCAAAGGCUGCACAUCGCACCGACUCUUCCCUAUGGGCUCGCGCCAGUCGCCUGAGAUCAAACCAGCCAGCGGCCUAGGCUCGCUCUGCUCUGGCCUCUUCAGUGCCUCCAUGCUGGGGGUGUCCUCUAGCGCCCCCAACCUGCGGGACUACGUACGCACGCACCACCAUCACCACCACCGAAAACCGCCCCUGUCCCCAGGCAGCCUGCCCUGCCAGAUUGGCAUGUUCGAGCUGUUGUCUAUGCCACCAGUAAAGAGAUUUUCUGUGUCGUUUGCCAGGCAUCCGACUAAUGGCUUUGAAGGCUGCUCAAUGGUGCCCUCUAUCUACCCGCUGGAGACACUGCACAAUUCUCUCUCGCUGAAGCAGGUGGACGGGUUCCUCAACACCGUGUGCGAGAGCAGCAGCGAGGCCCACGCCAAGACCAUGAAGGCGCUGUCCGGCCUGUUCGACUCUCAGAGCCAGACAUCGCUCUACAGUCCUCAACAGCCGCUCUCCUCCUCGGGGUCAGAGGCGUCUCUGCGGCCGCCCAGCCAGCCCCUUUGGCAUGGCAGCAUCCCGUCCAGUGCCGUGUCCAGCGCCGGGCCGUCUUCCCCCAUGACGGAGAGCUCAUCUCUCAACUUCAGCUUCAUUGAGUAGACGUUUGACAUGUCGACACCUUCUAUGUCUGCAUCGUCACUUCCGGUUUGUUUGAAGUUGACUCCCAGCCUUUAGACUGCACCCGGGCCUGGACUAAACACUGGACUUUUUACACAAACACCAGCUGUGCCUUUUUGCUUUUACUGCUGUUUUAUUUGGAAAUGUUCUCACCCAAACGUUGUUCUAAUAGUUCCUAGUUUACGUCCAACAAGACCACAUUAAUGCUAUUCGAUAUAAUUGUCUCAGAAAGUGUUAUUAGUUAGGACGUGUAACUUUUUAGGGCGGCACCACUCCACCGAAUGUGUGCACUCUGCACUGAGCUCCAGUUUAAAAACAAACAAAAGACUACUAAUGGUAAAUAUCUGUGUUAAAAGGUAGAUUUGUGCCAAGCGUUGAUUGAACUUCUCAUCAUAAAACAAUGACUUGGAGGCUGGAGCACAUCAGCAAACUCCUGUACAACUAUGACUGGCCUUGUAUUUGUAUAUGACUCAUUACUGUAGGCAGUUUUAGUGUAAUAUUUAUGACUGGUUUGUGUUUAAUUUAAUAGACAUCCAAAUGUAAGUAAGCCAAAGUGUUUCUUUUGGUUGAUGAAGACCUCCAUCUGUUUGAUAGACCUCCAGUUGAACUGCAACAGCCAAAUGUGGAGAUUAAAAACUGUCAACAGAGUGCAGGUUGUCUUUUGAGCGAACAACCUUACCAUUUUAGUUUUUGCUGUUUUUUAACUUCUUUUUAAUGACUGUUCCUGAAUAGCAAUUAAUUUAAUGUGAUGGGUGUGCAUUGCUUGAGUAUGUAGUUAUAUACUUGAUAUAAAUGCAUACACAGCGAUACAGACAGAUCAAUCUCUAAUUUCUAGUUCACCACCAGACUCAUGUUUCCCCCAAGAUCAGCUAUAAGGGUAUGCCUAAUCUAAACCUAAACCCACUAACAGAUGCUCACCUUUAACAGAUCGUGUGGUCACAGAGCGUAUUGUGAAAUUCAGGAACUAAAGCUGUACACGUGGGAGGAAAACCACAGAUGCUCACAAGCAAUAAUGUACCAAAGUGGGAGCCUAAAAGGUGCAAGCGCACCCUCCUGGAGGAAGGUUUUGGCUAAUGACACUUAAAACCAUUGUCGUCAAUGUGGAGAAACCGGGGACCAGGGCCCUAAACCAGAAACAAAGUUAUCACUGACCAGGGCACUGUAAGGAAUUCUAUGCUUCAUGGAAAAAAAAACAUUUGGGUCCAUGAGCAGCUGUGGUCUCCACAUCUCUUUUCCUUAACCGACCCAUUUUAUACUAGUUGGCUUGAACCUGAAUUUUGUUUUGGAUUCAUAUGAAUACAUGGGAAAUUGCUUUUUGUGGAAAUUAAGAGUAAAAAAAAAAAGUUGUCAUUUCCGCAGCAGCAGCUGUACCAUUACACCACCAGGGACCGCUCUAUGACUCACAUCAGCAAUAUAACUCCUUUUGCAUUUGCUCCCACCCCCCUACCCUCUUAAAAUACAAUGAAAAGCCUAACCUUACCCCUCCCAAUGAUAUCCGAGUGUGCUUCAUGUGUACUCUUCGAUCAUUUCCGUCCUUUCUGGUCCCAAAAAACUAAAAAUGAAGAGAGCGGUGCUUUUGAGGAUUUAUUAGCAAACUGAUAAAAUAAAUAAAUAGAAAUUGAUCAAAUGCUCCUAGUGGCGGCUGGUGCCAUCCUUUACCGAGCAACAGUAUUUAGUGAAACACUGCAUCAUCGUCAUCAUCACGAGGAGGAGGAGGAGGAGGGGGAGGCUCAAUACAGAGGUAUAAGAAUCCCACCAACAUGGCCAACAGAAGACACAUGUGGAACACAAGUCCAAAAAAAUAAACACAUUCCUUUCCAAAAAUUAUUAUGAAAAAAUACAAACAAUUAUACAAAGAUUACCCAAUGUACACUUUGUUCUUUAUCCGGAGCGCUACAAUGCUUCUGAGCACAUGGAAGAGUUAAAAAAAAAAAACAA